AUGGACAAUCAAGUGAAAUGCAAUGAGGUCAACUGCACCAACUGCAGCCUGGAUUACAGCAUCCACCAGGGCUUAUUCUCAGCUGUCUACAUCUUUAUCUUCAUCCUUGGCCUGCCCACCAGCCUCCUGUCGCUGUACCACAGCUACCUGCAGGUCAGGGAGGGUAACGAACUGGGCAUCUACCUCUGUAACCUGACCAUCUCCGACCUGUUGCACCUGGCCUGCCUGCCCCUGUGGAUUCAGUACCUGCUGCAGGGGGAUAACUGGGUGCAUGGGGAACAUCUGUGCCGGCUCACCGGUCUCGUCCUCUACGAGAACAUCUACGUCAGCAUCGCCUUCCUCUGCUGCAUCUCCAUGGACCGCUACCUGGCGGUGGUCCACCCCUUGAGGUUCCACGCCUUCAGGACGGUGAAGGCGGCCGUUCUGGUCAGCGUCCUGGUCUGGAGCAAAGAGAUCGGGACGGCCCUCUUCAUCUUCGGACACAACGAGACGGUGAUGGACCGGAACAACCACCUGUUGUGCUUCGAACAUUAUCCCAUUCAGAGCUGGCAAAGGAAUGUCAACUACUACCGCCUCACCGUUGGCUUCCUUCUCCCCGUGGCCCUGCUCUCGUUCUUGUACCGCAGGGUGCUGAUGUCCAUUCACAGGAGCACAGGAAUUCAGCAGGAACAAAAGUUGAGGAUCAAAAAGUUGGUGCUAAGUGCCAUUGGCAUUUUCUGCAUCUGUUUUGUACCUUAUCACCUCAUGCUGCUGGUCCGAACUCUGUUUGAGAAAACGUGCCAAUCCGUGAGGAACAUCUUCCACUUUUACCACUUCGGGCUACUCAUGACCAGCUUAAACUGCGUGGUCGACCCCUUCCUCUACUCCUUUGUCUCCGAGAGCAGCCAAGGGGUCCUGAUGAGGCUCCUUGAGCCCCUGACCAACCUCUUCCAUGAGCGGGAAUCCGCCAACUUUAACUCUCGGAUCGCCAGCUUUGCCUCAAGGCCUAGCAUCCGCUCGAAUGCGAGAACUUCCAGGCCAUGUAAUGCAUGUUGACCUUACCAGGGCUGCACUGAGUGAGUGUGGCCCUGUAUGACAUGCGUCCCUUCACAUGGACAUGAAAUAGUAGAGACAUAGUCUCCAGAGUCAGCCCUGUCUGUCCCACGGUGCGAGUUCAUUCCAAGAGCUCUCCCGAGUUAAAGAAAAAUCAAACUCGUGGUAAGCACGGAGAAUGAACGUAGCGGGUACGUCGGAGCUCGGGGACAUCUCUUAGUGCUAACGGCAGGUUCUCAGGAAGACUCGCUAACGUGCAGGCAAACUCGGGAGAACUCGUGAAAUGAACUCGUUCCGCGGGACAGUUUGAAAACAGGGCCUACAGCCCAACCUGCCCAAACACCAAACAACAUGUCCCAUCUACACUAGUCCCACCUGCUUGCGUUUGGCCCAUAUCCAUCUAAAAUGUUUCCUAUCCAUGUACCUGUCCAGUCGUGAUAUUCCAUGGUUUGUUUUGGAAGAUCUGCCUAGUCCCCACCUCACUGAAGUUGAUUGUUUCCAAUAGACAAGAAAGUGCCGGUACCUACACAAUAGUUCGCAAUACGAUGUUGGUUUCUGUACGUCAACAUGUCUGGGACUUUCUAGAGGUGCCAGUAUGCCAUACCGUCACAAUAAAAGAACAGUUGUUUUCUAGUUAAGGGGGAUUGCCAUAUGUGUUGCACUUUCUUUUUUUCAAAGUACUUUCCGUUGAUGUUCCUCUCCUUAAUUGCCAAUGUAUUUUAUUUUUAAAAAGUCACUGCUUGAAAACCAAAUGUUUGCGUUAGAAUACUUACUCUGUGCCAAGAAUCGGUAAUUCUUUCAGACAAGUCAAGUCAAGUCAAGUUUAUUCGUCACAUACACACACGAGAUGUGCAGAGAAAUGAAAAGUAGCAAUGCUCGCGAAUCGUGCAAAAAACAAACAAACAAACUACAAACAGAAUCACAUGAUCACAUAUUACAUAUUUGUGGGAGGAAGGGAAGAAAAAGGAAAAAAAACAGCAAUUUAAAAAAGACACCACACAACAGUAAAUUGGUACAGUA